GGGUGAUCGGUGGUUGGAGAGGACAGGAAUUUCAGAGGAUGAAUGGCUGCCAAACGCCAAAACCCAAUGGACAGAAACACCCACUUCUGCUUUCAUGCGUUUUCUUUUCCCCUCCUUUAUCAGUCUUUUUUUCUCUAACCUCAGACACACUCACACACCACCAGCUGUCUACUCACCCCACCCCACCCCACCCCACCACCUCACAUUCCCCCCUCUCAUUAAUAAUUCCCAUUUCUACAACCUCAUUUUCAUUCCCCCAUCAUACUGGUAAACUGGUAUUGAUCCCCCCACCCCACCCCCAUCCCACACAUCAUUAAUGGCUUCCACAAGGCUUUUCAUUAAUUUCUUCAUGAUUUUCUUGAUCCUCCAGCUCCCAAAGUCUCUCUCACAGCAGAGUCUUCCCACAUCCACUAUCUCAGCAGCACCAUCAUUGCUCCCAUCUCUUCCUCAGUCAUCUUCACCUCCUACCUCAUCUCCAGAUAUAUCACCACUUUUUCCCUCCAUUGCUCCUACAGAAUCUUCUUCACAGCCCACAAUCCCUUCAAGCCCCAGCCCUCCCCUAGCAGAUGAUGAUGCAGCAGCAAGUCCAGUCCCUCUUCCAGUGGCCCUUUCUCCAGAACCAGUAGUUUCAUCCUCUGUUGCUCUUCAUGCACCAUUCAUAGUUCUGUGCUUGACACUAUAUUGGAUAUUCCAUAUCUCUGUCUGGUCUGGUGUGUAUAUAUAUAGAAGUUCAAACUUUAUGUGAGCAGCUUCAGUUUUUUCAAUCAUUAUUGUUUUUAGGUGCAUAGUUCAUUUAUUAGUAAUAUCUCUCUCUGUUUUUAUCUGCCUUUUUCAGUUUUUUCAUAUGCUUCAGUAAUAUCUAUUCUGCACACUUUGUCAUUGUUAAUUUCAAGGGGUUUGUGUUUCAAAUUCUACUCAUUUCAUAUGGCUUUUAGUGAUGAUUCUGGAGUACAAGAUGAAACAAAACAAAUGAAUAAAUGCCUGCC